GCUGAGCCUUUGAGGAGCGCUAUAUAAAAAGAGCCCUAAGAGAGUUGGGAGCCUGAGGAGCAGUCCUGCUAGCCACAGUGCUCCAGCUGCGAGCACGAGCACGAGCACGUGGUAGCUAGCAUUCAGGCUGCUUCUAGGAGACGCUUUUCCAGAGUGAGAGAAAAGAAAUUCUGUGAACUACCUACCGGGAGGGAGACAGAGCGCUUUCCUGAACAUGCCAGCCCAGGGCUUUGGCUUUAGUGCAGCUGGUGCCACCGUGCUUAUCCUUUUCUUAAAGGUACAAACCUCGGUACCAGCACCACUUAAUGGAUCAAAGUGGACCUAUGAUGGUGAAGAUGGAGAAAAAGCCUGGUCAAAGUCCUUCCCUUCUUGUGGAGGGAUGUUUCAGUCUCCUAUAGAUUUUCACAAUGACAUCCUUCAGUAUGAUUCUACCCUUUUACCAUUAGUAUUUGAAGGUUACAACAUGUCUUUCAAAGAGCAGUUUAUUCUGACUAAUAAUGGGCAUUCAGUGAAAUUAAAUCUGCCUCCAAACAUGAACAUUCAAGGACUGGGUUCCCGCUACACUGCAACGCAACUUCACCUGCACUGGGGCAAUCGGAAUAACCCCCAUGGCUCUGAGCACACAGUGGAUGGGAAGCAUUUUGCAGCUGAGUUACAUAUUGUCCAUUAUAACUCGGACAAAUACCCUGAUGUGGUCACAGCUAGGGACGAGCCAGAAGGACUAGCUGUUCUGGCUGUUCUUAUUGAGAUUGGUUCCUUCAGUCCCUCUUAUGACAACAUCUUCAGCCACCUUCAAAAUGUUAAAUACAAAGAUCAGAAAGUUCAAGUUCCAGGUUUUAAUAUCCAAGACCUUCUUCCUGAGAACGUACAUGAAUACUACCGCUAUCAAGGUUCUCUGACCACUCCGCCUUGUUCCCCCACUGUGCUCUGGACUGUUUUCCGAAACCCUGUCCAAAUCUCCAAGGAGCAGCUGCUGGCUCUGGAGACAGCUCUAUAUUGCACCCAUAUAGAUGACCCCUCACCUCUGGAAAUGGUCAACAAUUUCCGAAGAGUCCAAAAGUUUGAUGAAAGGCUUGUACGUGUCUCCUUCCACCAAGAGCAAGACUUUUCCUACGCAGGACUGAGUAUGGGAGUCAUCCUCUCGGUGGCAAUAGCUGGCGUUCUAGGAGUCGCUGUCAUCCUUGCGCUAUCAAUUUGGCUUCUCCGAAAGAAGAAGAGCAGCAAGAAAGAAGACAACAAAGGAGUUAUUUACAAACCUGCCCUCAAGAAGGAGGCUGACAUCAAUCCCUGAGAACACUAGAUCUUCUUCCAGGCCCUUCAUCCAGGGGAAGACCCUCACCUUGGACUGUUGGGGGCCACUAGGCAUUCUCCAGAGCAGAUCAACCAACCAACCAACAUUGGUCUUAUUAUUUUGAUGUGACUCGAGUACUGAGCCAGCUGUAAAAAGUCACUCUUUAAGUUUUUACUCUUUGUAGCAUCAACAAGGAGAGUUUUCAUAUCAGUAAGCAUGAACACUGAGCUGUUUGACAAAUUUAGGCAAGAUACUGAAAUGAUCUGGGUUCUGGAGCCACUGCAGUGCCCAGGCACCUACUGGGGUUCAAGAGAAGAAUAGUACACUAUUCAGGAUAGAUUAGCCCAACCACAUUCUGCUAAGGAGUCUCUACAGUACCUUCAAGAUAACGUUACAGGGUCACUAGAUUGUAUCAGGGACUUGCGUAUCCUGCUAUGCCCUUGCCAGUUAUUUUAAAAAAUAGAGUGUAGGUAGAGCAUCUGUUUUUUUACCUUUCCCUUUGAUGACCCGCAUAGCACUACAGAGUAUUAAAAUGAAGCAGGGAACAGACCUCUAACCUUAGUCCCAGACUUGACAUUUUCAGUAACUGCUCUUAUUUUCAUAACCUUCUAAAUCUCACGACAAAGAAUGUAUUUGUUGGGGAAUGCAUUUGUUCCUUAAACCUCACUUGAAAGGUCUGUGAAUCUCUUGUUAUUAUAGAUUAGAUCUAGAAUAGAAAGUACUACAAAGGCCAUCUAAUGCCACCUCCUAAUUUUACAGGUGAGGAAACUUAGGCCCAGGGAGAUUAGUGACUUGUUCAAAGUUACCUGGAUAGUCAAUAUCCAUGGCAAGAUUUGAAUCCCGAUCUUCUGACAUCAGAGCCAGUUCCCUUUCCUCUGUGUUCCUGUUAGGUUACAAUGAACAGUCGUUUUUCACGGUUUGAUUUGCGGGAAUCAUUUCCUCUCUGGGCAGAAAGAGUUGUCCUCCAUUCUAUUCCUUUUGUACCAUGGCAGACUAUUCACACAUAGCAUAGCAUAGAGAAGAUGUGGGGCAGGAAAAGUUAUGCUUUCCUGUGCAAAAACGCAAAUGAGGGCUGACCACAGUUGUUAAUGCCUACGUACUAAUUAACUGUAAAAUCUUGACUUUUCAGAGAACAAACACUGAGUUUAGGGACCCUGAUCCUGGGUUUGGGCAAGGAUGUGGCCAAGAUUUAAGUGUUUUUCAUAUGUAUGAGGGGAUAGAUAAACCUAGGAUGGAUAGUGGUACUCGCCUAGAAAUUCUAGGUUGUGUGUACAUUUUCAUCUAAGUUCAUCUAAGGACUUCUGUUGUUCAAAGGUAGUUCCCAAGCCUUUGAGUACUAAAGAUUAGCUAGGUACAGCCCUAUCCAGUAUAUUUCCAUUAAGACAGUGAUGUAUUGUGUUUCUUAGACUUAAACAUGUUUAUAUUUUUAUACAUGUGUGUGUGUAUAUAUACACAUAUAUACACAUACACUUUGGACUGUAGAUAGAUAGGUUGAGAUGGUAGAGGACUGGUAUCAGGCAAGAUGUCCAGAGGUCAAGUUCUACAUUUGAUACAUAUGGGUUCUUUGAGCCUGGGGGCUGGUAAGUCUCCUCAAACAAUUCUCUAAGACUUUACAGUAUUUGCUAUCUGCUCUGGGAAAGGGUUUCCUUUCACUGAUGAAAACAAAAAGCAAAUGAAAAUAUUUGCUCUAAUGUCAGAAGUGGGGAUGUGAUUUACCACUGUUGCUUUCCAUACCAGAACAGAAAUGAGAUCAGAGGAACUCAAAUCACCUUUGGAUCUUGAGGAAAACGACAAAAGCAAAGAGUUAGCAGAUUUUUUUUUUGGCCAGAGCCAGAUUUCAUCUGUCAUUCUGCUUGACUGGGGGAUGAAUGCAUUUGCAACAAACACAACCCUAAGAAAUAUAAAUCUCCUUUAUUUGUGUCAGACUCUAAUCAGUGAAUAUAUCUGUGAUUAUUUUCUCGAGUGGACCAACCAAAUAUAGCCAGUCUACUUGUCCAGUUCAUAAGGUUCUUUCUUUCUUUCUUUCUUUCUUUCUUUCUUUCUUUCUUUCUUUCUUUCUUUCUUUCUUUCUUUCUUUCUUUCUUUCUUUCUUUCUUUCUUUCUUUCUUUCUUUCUUUCUUUCUUUCUUUCUUUCUUUCUGUCUGUCUGUCUGUCUGUCUGUCUUUUUUCUUCCUUCCUAGGACCUCCCAUCUCUAGGCCUGGCUCUCAAUCCACUGAGCCACCCAACUGCCCCCCUCCCCCAUAAGAUUCUUUCUGAAAGGGUUGUCCCCUUACUUUUCCUCCAGAGUUGUGACAGUGUGUGACAGGGAUUCAGUUCCCAUAUUUAUCUAGAAACCCAUAUUUAGAUUUAACUUUCCAUCCCUUCAAGGGCCCUCAACAUAAGUGAUCUCUGAGAUUCCUUUUCUCUCCUUUCCUUAAUUGGCUGCCUAAACAAACUGAAAGAGUUCUUGCUGACCAGUGGGACUCUGGACGUGGUAGUUCAGUCUUGCAAGGAAGACCUAAUAAUAACUUGUCACUUUCUGUAGGGCUUGGACUCCUAGCCACAUUGGACACUGCCACAUUCUUUUUUUUUUUAAUAACCCUCCCCUUCUGUCUUAGAAUCAGUACUGUGUAUUGUUUCUACAGCAGAAGAGCAGUAAGGGCUAGGCAAUGGGAGUGAAGUGACUUGCCCAGGGCCACACAGCUCAAACCCAGGACCUCCUGUCUCUAGACCUCCCUCUCAAUCCACUGAACCACCCAGCUGCCCCCUAUAUGGCCACAUUCUUAAUAAGUUCUGUUGUGUAAGAAGCAGCUAGCAACCUAGCAACUAAGAAAGAUGUAUGGCUCCAAGGAUGGAUACUUAGCAGUUCAGUGGCCUCUUUCAAUCUAACAAUCUGAACCUUUACUCUGUUCUGGAGGAAGAGCAAUUAUCAGUCUUUUCAAAUGAGCAGUAUAAACUGAUGAGAUCUGCUUGUUUUGCCCCAAGGCAGCUGAUCAGAAGUGAGUUUAAUUAUUCCCUAACAGAAUGAGUGCCUUUCAAAUAUUCUUUAUACACGUUAUGGAUGGCUUUUAUACUUGGAACCAGAUAAUCAAUCUUCAUACCUGGCCCAAAGGCGAUUCAUAAAACAGAAAAUUUACUGUUUGGUAGGGAUAGAGUGGCAUUCCCUUCCCCUCUUCCCCCAUCUUUUUCUUCCUACAAACACAAAACGCAUGGUUCCAAAAGAGAGCAAACCCGCAGCAGUAAUAAACAUAAGGAGAUGGGAAUCAGGUCACAAAAAGUCAAAAUUUCCCUUCCUAUUCAUUAAAUCCCUCCUGCAAGUAGGCACCAAACUUAGGACAUUUCCCUCCCCCUUAAAAUACCAGUUCCUUUGGCUCCAAGUAAUGAAUAUGAUGAUGAAUGAAGAUACUGUAUUUUACUUUUACCCUGAAAAUAUCAGUGGGGUUCAGUGUGUUCAAAGCAGCUCCUCAAGAUUACAUCCCUCUUAUGCUUUCUACUGAUUAUAAAUAAGGAUCUAGGUCUCUCUGCCCAGUUUCCCCAAUGCUACCUGAUAGAAAUGAUGAAAAACCCUUUUGUUUCCAUUGUCAGAUACUUAUUGCCUUUGUAUUAUUAAUAACUUUGAUGAAACUGUGCAUUGUACAUGCAAAAGAUUACAAAUAAAAUAUUUUCCAUUUCA